AUGUCCCCAGUCGCUCAGCCUGUGAACCCAACCUUUGUUGGCGCCAUUGACCAGGGCACCACCAGCACCCGCUUCAUCAUCUUCAACAACCGUGGUGAGGUUGUUGCGGUGCAUCAGAUUGAGUUCGAGCAGAUCUACCCCAACCCCGGAUGGCACGAGCACAACCCCGAGGAGCUUGUUUCCUCCGUAGAGCAGUGCAUUGACGGCGCCGUCGAGGCUUUCGAGAAGCAGGGCCACUCGCGCGACCAGAUCAAGGCCGUUGGCAUCACCAACCAGCGAGAGACCACCGUCGUCUGGGACAAGACCACCGGCAAGGCCCUGCACAAUGCCAUUGUCUGGACCGACACCCGAAGCCAGGACCUCGUCCGCAAGCUCAAGCACCGCCUCGGUUCCAAGGAACUGACUGAGCGCUGCGGUCUCCCUCUAUCUACGUACCCUUCUGCCAGCAAGCUGCUCUGGCUGCUUGAGAACGUCCCCGAGGUCAAGGCUGCCUACGAUAAUGGUGUCCUUGCCUUUGGCACGGUCGACACCUGGCUGGCCUACAAGCUGAACGGUGGAACCGCUCGCGAGAUCUACGUCUCCGAUCCAUCCAAUGCCUCUCGUACGAUGUUCAUGAACCUCGAGACCCUCGACUACGAUGACGAGCUUGUUGACUGGUUCCGCCUUGACAGGGAGAAGAUCAAGCUUCCCAAGAUUGUCAGAUCCUCGGACCCCGAGGCCUACGGAUCCCUCGCCAGCACCUCUCUGAAGGGUAUCAAGAUCACCGGCUGUCUGGGUGACCAGUCCGCUGCUCUGGUCGGCCAGAAGGGCUUCACCCCCGGCCAGGCCAAGAACACAUACGGCACCGGAUGCUUCUUGCUUUACAAUGUUGGUGACAAGCCCGUCAUCUCCACCCACGGCCUCCUGUCCACUGUCGCUUUCGAUUUUGGCCCCGGCAAGAGGAUGUACGCCCUCGAGGGCAGCAUCGCCGUCGCCGGCUCCAGUGUCAAGUUCCUGGUCGACAACCUGGGCUUCAUCGAGUCCUCCUCCAAGCUUAGCGCCCUUGCCGAGACUGUCGAGGACAACGGCGGUGUUACUUUCGUCACUGCGUUCAGCGGUCUGUUCGCCCCGUACUGGAUCGAUGAUGCUCGUGGUACUCUCUUCGGUAUUACUGCCUACACCCAGCGCGGCCACAUCGCCCGUGCCACCCUCGAGGCCACCUGCUUCCAGACCAAGGCCAUCCUGGACUCCAUGGCCAAGGACAGCGGCAAGUCUCUCGCUGAGCUUGCUGUCGAUGGUGGCAUGUGCAACUCUGAUCUCAUUAUGCAGACCCAAUCUGACCUUAUUGGCAUUCCUGUCAACCGGCCGGCAAUGCGCGAGACCACCGCUCUGGGUGCUGCCAUCGCAGCCGGCCUGGCCGUCGGAGUCUGGAGCGACUUCAAGGAGCUGGACGACGUCAACAUCGAUGGCCGAACGCUGUUCAAGCCCCAGAUCGACGCUGCGUCCGCCGACAAGCAAUUCGAGCGAUGGGAGAAGGCAGUCCAGAUGAGCAAGGGCUGGGCCAACUAG